GAUUUCAUUAUGGAACAAUUAUUCUGCCAUGAGAACAAAGACUGUUCUCGCCAUUACAAUGAGGCAGCUGGAAAAACACGGUCUCUUGCAGACGAUGAGUGCCUUGAGAAAUGCAAAACCGCGUUCCACUCUCGGAUUUCUGUGGGCUCUUCAGCAGGUCAACAUGACCGGAAUGUGAUGCUUGUCAAAACGGGCAAGCGGUCUUCCUUCUCGUCUUCAGACUCAAACGAAAUGGAUGAUUUAUUUCUCGUGGAGUCCAAACAUUGUGAAGUUUUGGACAAUUAUCAUCCUGGCCUGAAUAUGAAAGAAGUCAAAGGAGUUGGGCUCAAGCCAAGUUUGAAGAUCAAGAAUCCUCCCGUCCUAGCAAAUGCUACGAAAGCAAAGCUGGAACACUCUAACGGGAGGGAACCUGCUGUACAUGUUCAUGGAGGACAUGCAAAUCUCAACAAGAAGAGAGAGCAUGCUGCUUUCAUGCGUGACAUUAUUUUUUCCACGAUCUACCGUUAACUCCUUCAAAGAAACUUCCGAAUCACAGUUGAUUUAUGUACUUUAUUUGGCAAGUUGUACGAGUAUGAUACUUAGGCUUGUUGUAAAUCAAACGUAUCAUC